AUGUUGGAGAACAUCGAUCUAUUCCGAGAAAAUCCGGAGGUUAUCCGAGAAUCUAUGCGACGGAGAUUUGCAAGAGUUGAAGUCGUUGAUGAGAUAAUUAAGCUCGACAAAGAAUGGCGUCAAGGUAAAUAUGAAUUAGAUGGUAUUCGGAGAGACUUCAACAAGCUAAACAAGGAAGUGGCCAAGCUCAAAAUUUCUGGUGCCGAGGCAACUGAACAGAUUGAGCAAAUAGAGAUUAUCAAACAAAGCUGGACCGAGAAAGAGGCGAUGGUUCUCGAAAUUUCUACGGCUUUGCAAGCCAAAUUGGCAACGGUCGCUAAUCUUGUCCAUGACUCGGUUCAAAUUAGUAAUAAUGAGGCAAAUAAUCUAGAGGUUGAAGUUUGUGGCAAAAAGCGGGUUCCUACACCUGGUCAGAAGCUGUAUAACCAUGUGGACCUCUGUGAGCUUCUCGGUGGUGUGGAUACCAAGAGCGGUGCUAAAAUUGCUGGAUCAAGGGGAUUUUUCCUAAAAGGAUUUAUUGCUCGCCUUAAACGAGCUGUUAUCUGCUAUUCACUAGACUUCUUAGAAGGGAGAGGAUACGAAGAAGUGCAUCCUCCUUUUCUCAUGAGGAAGGAUGUCAUGGCCAAGUGCGCGCAAUUGUCACAGUUUGAUGAUGAACUUUACAAGGUGACUGGUGACGGAGAGGACAAAUACCUUAUUGCAACUUCUGAGCAACCUCUUUGCGCGAUUCACCAAGAUGAAUGGAUCCAUCCGACCGACCUUCCGAUAAGAUAUGCUGGUUACUCGACCUGCUUUAGAAAAGAAGCUGGUUCCCAUGGAAGAGAUAGAGCUGGCAUUUUCCGUGUUCACGAGUUUGACAAAGUUGAACAGUUUUGCAUCACCAGUCCUGAUGAAUCAUGGGCAAUGCUCGAAGAGAUGUUGAACAACUCGAAUUUUUUUUACAAAUCGUUUAAAAUUCCAUACCGAGUCGUGUCGAUUGUCUCUGGAGCUUUGAACGAUGCGGCUGCCAAAAAGUAUGACUUGGAAGGAUGGUUUCCUGCGUCAGGGACUUACAGAGAGCUUGUGUCCUGUUCCAACUGCACAGAAUAUCAGGCUCAAAGGCUUGGGAUCAGAUACGGUCAUAAAAAGAGCAAUGAGGAGAAGAAGCAGUAUGUGCACACGCUUAAUUCGACUCUUACCGCGAUAGAGAGGACCAUUUGCUGCAUUCUCGAGAACUACCAGCGAGAGGAUGGUGUGGAAAUCCCUGAGGUUCUUCGACCAUACAUGAAAGGACAGAAGUUUCAGCACUUCAAGGGUAAGCCCUUAGCUGCCAAGAUGCCCAAGACCAAAUGGUGGACACUGUUCUGUUGUACUUUGUUUGUUCUGGUAGUUUUGGGUCUUUUUGUUUUCUUUGUUUUAUACCAAAUGCAAUAA